CGGGCGGGCUUGGGUCGGGGAACGCAACCGACAGAGAGAGUUGCAAGUUGCCGGUUACGCGCCGAGAGCACGCUUCUUUGUUAAGAAACCUCGUCUCUUAUUUUUUUCUAGGGUUUCCUUUCCUUUUUCCAGCGAGAGGCCAUUCCCCAAAUUCCCCUCUUCCCCUCGAUUCAAGCACCGGUCUCCUCCGCUUUCAAUCGUACCUAGGGUUUUAUCUCGUCGUUUUUAGGGUGGAGAGAUGGCAGAUCGAUUGACUAGAAUCGCGAUCGUGAGCUCGGAUCGAUGCAAGCCUAAAAAGUGUCGCCAGGAGUGCAAGAAGAGCUGUCCCGUUGUGAAAACAGGUAGGCUUUGUAUAGAAGUAACUCCUGCUUCAAGGAUCGCCUUCAUUUCUGAGGAGCUAUGUAUUGGAUGCGGUAUUUGUGUCAAGAAAUGCCCAUUUGAGGCCAUUCAAAUUAUUAAUCUACCCAAAGACUUGGAUAAAGAUACAACUCAUCGUUAUGGUCCUAACACCUUCAAGUUGCACAGGUUACCUGUCCCAAGGCCUGGGCAAGUUCUUGGGUUGGUGGGAACAAAUGGUAUUGGGAAGUCGACUGCUCUUAAAGUGUUGGGUGGGAAGUUGAAACCCAACUUGGGCCGAUUCAAUAAUCCACCGGACUGGCAGGAAAUUCUGGCGUACUUCAGAGGAUCUGAGCUUCAAAACUAUUUCACUCGUUUAUUGGAGGAUGAACUUAAGGCUAUUAUCAAGCCGCAGUAUGUUGAUCACAUCCCCAAAGCUGUGCAAGGGAACGUUGGACAGGUGCUUGAUCAAAAAGAUGAGAGAGAUAAGAAGGCUGAACUCUGUGUCGACCUUGAGUUGAAUCAGGUUAUUGAUAGGAAUGUUGGAGAUUUGUCAGGCGGAGAAUUGCAAAGAUUUGCCAUUGCUGUGGUUGCAGUACAGAACGCGGAGAUUUAUAUGUUUGACGAGCCAUCCAGUUACCUUGAUGUGAAGCAGAGGCUUAAAGCUGCACAAGUCAUUCGGUCCUUGCUAAGAUCCAACAGUUAUGUGAUUGUUGUGGAGCAUGAUCUUAGCGUCCUUGAUUAUUUAUCAGAUUAUAUCUGUUGCCUGUAUGGGAAACCGGGAGCGUAUGGAGUUGUUACUUUACCUUUUUCAGUUAGAGAAGGAAUUAACAUUUUCUUGGCUGGUCGCGUGCCUACGGAGAAUCUAAGAUUCCGAGACGUGGCACUUACAUUUAAGGUUGGUGAGACUCCUCAGGAAAGCGCUGAGGAGGUUGAGUCAUAUCAGCGAUAUAAAUACCCUACUAUGAGUAAAACCCUGGGUAAUUUCAAGCUAUCUGUCAUUGAGGGGGAAUUCACUGACUCUCAGAUUAUAGUGAUGCUGGGGGAGAAUGGAACGGGGAAAACAACAUUUAUUCGCCUGCUGGCUGGACUACUGAAGCCUGAUAUGAUCGAAGGCACUGAUGUUGAGAUACCCGAGUUCAAUGUUUCCUAUAAGCCUCAGAAGAUCAGUCCUAAAUUUCAAUCUACUGUGAGACAUUUGCUGCAUCAAAAAAUUAGGGAUUCAUAUAUGCAUCCUCAGUUUGUAUCCGAUGUUAUGAAGCCUUUGCAAAUUGAGCAACUAAUGGACCAAGAGGUUGUAAAUCUUUCUGGUGGAGAGCUGCAGAGAGUAGCUUUGUGUCUGUGUCUAGGAAAGCCUGCAGAUAUCUAUCUUAUAGACGAACCUAGUGCUUACCUAGACUCAGAGCAACGUAUUGUUGCUUCAAAAGUCAUAAAAAGAUUUAUCCUUCAUGCAAAGAAAACCGCUUUUAUUGUUGAGCAUGACUUCAUUAUGGCGACAUAUCUAGCUGACAAAGUUGUUGUGUACGAGGGGAAACCAUCUAUUGAUUGUACAGCAAAUUCUCCUCAGUCAUUGGUAUCUGGGAUGAACCUCUUCUUAUCUCAUCUUGACAUUACUUUUAGACGAGACCCAACAAAUUACAGGCCUCGUAUAAACAAGCUGGAUUCAACCAAAGACAGGGAACAGAAAUCUGCAGGAUCUUAUUACUACCUUGAUGAUUGAUGCGGUGCCUACAAUACUUGGCUCUCAAAGAGAUUUCACAAGCAGGAUUUGCUUGUAUCCCUUGAUCGGGGCUAUCGUGGUUUUUGAACUACAAUGUUAUUGCAAUUUUGAUUGCCCUCCUGAUUUCACGCUGAAACUUGAGAGGUUCUACCGUUAGUUGCCAAAUUUGAAGCAGAAGGCUAUUCCUUAUCCGUUGUUGAGGGGAGUAAAAGGUUGUUACACAGCUACUAGCACGAGCAUACACGUAUUUGUGUGCACAGCUGCAUACUUGAACUCAUCUUUUUUAACCUUUUCACUCGCUGAGAAUUGCCUGUUGGUUUAGUGGUCAACCUGCAGAAUGGUUCAUCCUUUAUAAGGAUUUUCGAUGAAGGAGCUUCUUCUUUUAUGGCAUUUGUAUAUAUUUUUUUUCUUUGAUAGAAAUGAUAAAUUUUGUAAUUAUUAACUUGCUGCUUUUUUUUUCAUUCUCUCUUCUUGCGUUCCCUUACCGCGCUCUAUUUACAUUCUUGUGAGAGUUGCUACCUUACCUCAUGAGUCCAGAUUGUCUUUUUGACUGUGUAA